AUGGCUAACUACCCGAUGGAAGACAUCACAGGCAAGUGGGUUAUCGAAACCGUCUUGCCCGAUCUGGCAAUAAUGUUGAAGGUCGACGAGGUUUUGUAUUCGGGUCAUACCGGGUUCCAACGGGUUGAGGUCGUGCAUUCCGACGUCUAUGGGCGCAGCCUGUUGUUGGAUGGCAAGACGCAAUCUACGGAGCGGGAUGAACAUAUUUAUCACGAAAGCCUGGUGCAUCCCGCCAUGCUGAUGCACCCCGAACCUCGCUCCGUGUUUAUCGGCGGCGGGGGUGAGGGCGGAACCCUGAGAGAGACGCUGGUCCACCGCACCGUAGAGCAAGUGGUGAUGGUGGACCUCGACCAACAGGUGGUCGAACUAUGCCGGCAGCACCUGCCCCAUCAUCAUCAGGGGGCUUUCGAUGACCCCAGGCUUGAAUUGAUCCACGAUGAUGCCCGAAAAUAUCUGGAGACCACCGACCAGCAAUUUGACGUCAUGGUAAUGGACCUGGUUGACCCGUUGGAGGGUGGUCCCGCAUAUCUCCUGUAUACCGAGGAGUAUUACAAAAUCGCGCGCGCCCGAUUGAAUCCGGGCGGCAUUCUGGUUACUCAAUCCGGACCGGUGGGGUUCCUGAGCCUUCACGAGUGUUUCACGACGAUUUACAAUACUCUUGACGGUAUCUUCGUCCAUUCGGUUCCGUAUCAGGUACAUGUCCCGUCAUUCAUCACCUUGUGGGGGUUCACCCUGGUAUCUGAUGCGCCUUUACCUGUGUUGAGCGAAGAAGAAAUCGACGAGCGGUUGGCCGCGCGGAUAGAUAGGUCAACCCGCCAUUACGAUGGGGGCACCCACAUCGCCAUGUUCGCUUUACCCCGUUACAUUCGGGAGGGAAUUGCCGGCGAAACCCGAGUGAAUCGGGAUGAUUCCCCGGUAUACAUGGUGUAG